ACAACCCGUGCGGGGAGACGAUACGCAAUUGCGCAUUAUUCUAUCCUAUAUACAACAACCUCAAAGAAGCCUCUGGAUUAUGCAAUGACAGUAUUGAGAUUAAAACUGCCUCCGCGGGCUCUACCUCCCUCUUGGCUUCUUCCGGCAUGGAGCUCCCGCCAACUCCACCACGUGCGGCGGUUCGCACAACAUUUGAGCAGGCCUGAGAACAAUAACUCCAACUCUAGAAAAGCUAGAUCUACAAGAAGUGCGGCAUCUCUGCUGGAGGAACUCUUCCCAGAGGAAGCUCGAAUACACCGGCACGUUAAUAAGCCAACAACUGCGAGCUCCUCGGUCUCCGAUUCCAGCUCAGAGCGCGACGACAAUUCCCACGAGGACCAAUUCCCUCGGUUAUCCCUCGAUGAUGUCGGCCUUUCUGCCUCACAUGACUCUUCAACGGCCAUAGACAACGUGACUGGCUGGCGAGGGGAGAAGGCUUCACACAAGUGGAAGCGCCUACGAGAAAGGCAGCGCCAAGAAGAAGAUUUCCGUCGCGAAGACACUACGAUCUUGGUGCUAUACAGUGCAAGCAAGUCGCUGAAUGAAGAUGAUUUCCGAAGAUUGUCUCCGAGCGGAAAGCACAUUGAUGGAUGGAGAAAUAUGGGCGACAUUGCAAAAAUUAUCCCCGGCCGAGAUCCAAAAACGUUGAGACAGCAGGAACAUUACUACUUGAUCUUCUCUCGACCAGCAUCCGCAGCGGUAUAUGAGGAAAAUGUGCAGCGUCUACAUAAGAUGGCCAAAACACACGCUCCGCAUUCUCCGCUCUCAACCAUUGCGCCACCUCCUGGAUACCUAAUCGAUGGCGAAGACGCCUAUGCACUUCUCCAGUCGUAUGCGGUUAUUCCGCCGUGGCAGGACCUUAACUUACGAAUGCUGGUGCCGCCAAUGUCAAAACAUGUCAAUAAAUUACUACAACAUGGUGGGUACGAGGCGCUUACGGAGGGCAAUAAGGCAGGAAGGGCUGUUCUUUUUUCCGUAGAGGGGUACUCUCCGUCAACAGGCCUGGUUCGGGAUACUCUUGCGCGAGAGGAACGGGUUCGGGGCUUAGCAUGGGAGCUGGACAGAGAGGAUGGUGCUGAAAUUUCCAAGCUGACGAAUUCUGGCCCAGUCCCAAUGCCUGAACCGGAGGCAGAUACGGACGAUCUCAGCGGUCAAGCCGUGGUGUCGCAAGAUCAAUGGAUCAUCACGUUCAAAAGGGAAGUCGAGGCAAGACGGUUUGUCCGCGCGUGGCACCGCCGAGCGUUUCCGAUAGCAAAGGCUGGUCCUGAAUAUGAGGAUGCGCAGCCAUUAGUAGAUGCCCAGCUUCUCUGGUAAACAUGUUGUAGUGUAUCGGCAUUUCAUCAGGACAAUGAGAGAACAGACAUGUGGCA